AAGAUCUCAAAUUCCACUCUCUUCGCCGACGUUUUGUUCUCUUUCUCCGGUGGCUUUACCGGUGACUUUUGGAUCGAUGGGUGUCGUUAUUGAGACCUUUAUCUGGGAACCAAGCUCAAGUUUCUUCAUCUUCUUCUUCGUUUCCACAUUUUUAUCUAUACUUCUGUUUCCUUACUUCGCCAAGAACAGAACUUUUGGUACCUUUGAUCACUCCGUUUCCUCUUCUUUUGCUCGGUUCCAAAGAUGGUUUCUAGCUAUCUACACUCUCUCUUCAGUGAUGGAAGGUUUAUGGUCUGUGUAUGGAGAAUUGGAGUUGACGUCUUAUGGUUUAAGUAAGGAAUCAAUGGUGUUUUAUCUCUCUGUUGGUUAUUCCACAGCUCUUGUUCUCGGUCCUAUACUUGGUUUGGUUUCUGAUCUCAUGGGUCAGAAGAGAAUUUGUCUACUCUAUUGUGUCUUGCACUUUGUUGUUGGUGUGUGGAAGAGGAUAACAAUGAGUCCUAGUGCUUGGUUUGCUAAUAUUUGUCUCUCUCUUGCUGGUCUUGUAUACUCUUUUGGGUUUGAGACUUGGUUAGUUGUGGAACAUGAAAAGCAAAGUCAGAGGAAUGACUCGUUAAAUGAAACGUUCUGGUUGAUGACUUUCCUUGAGUCUGCAUCUUUACUAGGAGGUCAAGUUCUUUCAAAUUGGCUUGUAGAUGAAAACGUGCAGCAUGGCAUAGCAUUUUCUGCUACGACGUCUAUGUUCUUGUCUGUUGUGGCCAUUGUUUGUAUUGUUCAGACUGCGAAAGAGCCUUUGAAGACACUCCCAUUUAGAGAUUAUUCCGCAGCUUUCUAUGCAUAUGUUCUUGGUGACAAAAGAAUAUGGUUUCUGGGAACUGCACAAGCCUGCCUGCAGUUUUCCACUGCAGUGUUUUGGAUUCUUUGGGCACCAACUAUCGUGGCUGAUGGGAGAGAAGUGAAUCUGGGAUUAAUAUAUCCAUGUUUCUUGGGUUCAAGAAUGCUUGGGAGUACAGUAUUCCCAUGGCUUAUGAGCGGACAAUCAAUGCUCCGGCUUGAAGAUUGCUUAGUGUACAUAUACGCAAUACUUGGGAUUGUGUUUUCUAUAGUAGCAUAUGACUAUCAGGAAAUCCGAAUCUUAGUAGUACUUUUCUGCUUAUUUCAUGGCUGUGCUGGACUGGCCCUGCCUUUGCUUGCAAGAUUUAGAACAAUGUAUGUUCCAAAUGAAUUGCGUGGCGGGAUGAUAAGCCUCUCUCAAGUCCCAGCUAAUGCAGCUAUUUUGUUUUGCUUAAUACAGAGAGGGUACUCUAACAAGAUCGAGAACUCAACAAUGAUGGCUUUUGGUGCCAUUUCUUUAUUCACUGCCGCUGGUUGUAUAUAUUUAUUGAGACGAUGGGGAAAGUCACCACAUCAAGAUUGGCACAAAUUAUGAACCUGAGUAAGUCUGUGAUCUCUGGUUAUGAGACUUAUGCGGAAGCAGGACAAGGCAAAUCAAAGACAAAAUCUACAUGUUUCCUUACAAAAUCCAGGUUAGUAUGUAAUCUUGUGUUAGUCUCGCUUCGAUUUUGUAGCAGCAUGAAGUGAGCACACAUACCUGGAAGCUCAAAGAUGCAGUGGAAGCAGUAUAAGAGGUUUGAUUCGUUAGUUUGAGAGGAUUCGAUUAUUUUGAAUGAUUGUUUUUUGUUUACUUCAUGUCUUAUUAUGAACAUCUUCUAUGCACCUUUUAGGCAUUAUUGUUUUACAAGUAAAUAUGAAUGAAAUGAAAAUUUUCACA